AUGGUCAAUAACGCAAAAAACCAGAAAUUCAUGCUCAAUGAGAAGAAGGAGCUGGUUCCUUCAGAGUCUGCUCUCCUGGAAGCGCGUGCAGAAAUAGCUGGAAUGAUCGGAGAUAGUGUGGCUAUCUCACCACGGUACGAGAAGCGGAGAGUUGGAAUGUCACGGAAUCUUGCUUCAUCCAAAUAG